AUGAGCCUCAAGGUAUGCCUGAUUCUGCUCGCUUCCUCUCGUGCGAAACGCACUAUCGCUCCUCUGGUAUCCAUCAUCCGUUCCUAACUCGCGUCAUGAUCUCGGCGUACUCUAUUUCGAUUUCGGUGUACGCCUUGCUCAGCAGGAUCGGCUUGGGAGAAAGUCUUAUUUGAGCUUUCUAUGAAAAAUACACGCGUCGCUGGUUCAAUUUUAUCUUCUUGUCGGAGGUCAUUUCUCUUCACGUUGCGAUUAUGAGAGAACGUUGGUUUGCUCUGGUUCGGUUUCGGGCUCUUAGAUUGUCCUAUUUAUUUAUUGCCACCGUGGGAAGCGUGAUAUAUCUGAUUUUGGCAUCUGAUGCCCAGUUGUGCCUGUUCACAGCAACGCACCAUUUCUGCCGAUCUUGUCAGCAUGGAAAGACUGUCUUCAUUCUUUGCUAUCACUUUCACUGAUACCGGCUUAAACAUGGUUUGAUCAGGCAGAUACGAAACGGGAUUUGCUUCUUCUGUAUCUAUCGGUGUCCAUUCAAGCUAUACCUUUGCCUUGAGAUGAGAACGCCGUUAUUUCACCAAAAAAAUUUCGGUCUCAGAUGUUUGGACCUCCAGUUCAGAAGAUUCAAUGCGCCUUUUCACUUUUAUGCUGUUCUCCUUAGAAGUUCCGAUGAGGGUUAAAAUUUUCGGAUAAAUCCCAAUCGGGAUCGAGCAUGUUGAUUGAAUCGUUCCAUCUUGCCUUCUGGUACAUGUUUCCUACGAUUUCUCGCUAAAAAAUGCUUGAUGCUAGUCCUUUUGACAAUCUUCUCUUAUGAGCAAAAAUCUUUGUUUAAUGGUCUCUAGCCUUUUCGUAUGGAGACACCCACCGUGUAUCGAUUUAUCUUCCGUCUUGUGAAAGAUCUGUUGGGCUUGUUUUUUACUGCUUUGUUUUGUCACCAGGAAGAGUUCGAAGAGUACGCCCGGAAGGCUAUGACCCUACCCGAGAACACAACAAAUGAGAACAAACUUAUUCUCUACGGGCUUUACAAGCAGGCAACUAUUGGACCCGUGAAUGCUGGUAACUAUUCUGUUUAUUAUGUUAGUCGAUUGACCGGUGCUCGAUGCAUAGAUCAACAUGAGAACAGAUAAACAUCUUAGCUGAUUGUUCUGUGACCAACAUAUUCUGAAUGAGCUUGGGGCCAAUAUGCGUCCACCACAAUCGUAGAUUUGGGGGGGGUUUAGAGAGGGGGGGUGGGGGGUAAAUCACCAACUACUGAGAGUCCCCUGUUCUACUUCCCCUGAGUGAAGAAACUUCCUUCGACAGUGAAUGCACAGAAGCUUUAAAGAAGGUUCAUUCGGCUUGCAUCGCUAUAUCUCCAAGUAAGCCAUAAUAAUUUAUUUAACUUUAUUUCUAAAUUUUGGUUUCCCAUGAAAAUCAAAGGGGGGGGGGGUGGGUGGUGAGAUUCCUCAAGAAGGUUAAUCUCCCAAUCAUGGGUAGUCUUCUCAACCAUUUCUCCUUUUCCUUGCAAUAUCUGAAUCUCAUGCUUCAUCUCCAGACAGACCCGGGGUGUUCAACCAGAGGGCAAGAGCCAAGUGGGAUGCCUGGAAAGCCGUCGAAGGUGAAACAAAAUAGCCAGACCCCUUUGACCCGGUUGCCUGCCAGCUAUCUCUCUCACCUCGUUGACUCAUCGUUACUCAUGGAAGCCGCCAUCUUCCCCCCUCACAGGGAAAUCCCAGGAGGAGGCAAUGAGCGACUACAUCACCAAGGUGAAGCAACUGCUGGAAGAAGCCGCCGCCGCUUCUGCUUGA